AUGGUUAAUUCCGCACCAGCACGAGAUACUCAGAGGGUCUGGCAAGGAGUGCCCGAGGUAGUUGCAAGUGGUUCACCAUGGGACAUUGGCGUUGCACAUGGUAGUCUGAUUCCCAGUCGGAUCAGAACUUGCAUUUCAAACUAUGAGCGACUCUUUCGAGAAACUGCCGAGUGUGAUUGGGAGGAGUCGAGAAAACGAGCAGCGACACAUCUCCCAUCUCUUGAGCGGAACGAGCCCGACUUGGUAGAGGAAAUGCGCGGUAUUGCUCAAGGGGCUGGAGUUGAUUCCUUUGAUAUCCUGGCACUCAAUCUGCGCAGCGAGAUAUCGUUGACGAAUUACUCCGACGGAUGUACCUCAAUAGUUACCCAGAAUCCCACCAGUGGCGAGGUUUUUCUAGCUCAGAACUGGGACUGGGUCGGCGAAGCACGUACAUCCACAGCCUUCUUCGAUAUUCAGCAAACCGGCAAACCACGCGUUCGAAUGAUGGGCGAGGCGGGGAUCCUGGCGAAGUUCGGUUUUAAUGCCGCCAGCCUGGGUGUGUGCAUGAUCGCAAUCCGAUGUGGAACAAUCAACAGGGAUGCGUUGCCGGUGCAUCUUGCCAUGAGACGUGUUUUACAGUGCAGCUCAUUUGACGAGGCGUUUGCCAUGCUGGAGCAAAAAGGAGUGGCAUCAUGCGUUAACCUAGUCAUUGCAGACCGCCGAGGCAAGUUUGCAACAAUUGAAUGCACACCCAAGGGCCUCGCUCCAAUCCUGCCAACUCCAGGAAGCACCACGACGUUCCACACCAACCAUUUGUGGUCGCCUGCAACACCAACCGAUAUAUUGGACCAUCCAGCUAAGAAUUCGUUUUCCAGACUUGAAAGAAUCCGGGAGUUGAGCUACGGUCAAGAAGCGGAUAUUAGUAAGAUUCGUGCCUGGAUGUCAGACGAACAAGGUACGCCGGUUUCCAUCUGCCGUUCCAUGCCGACCGGCGCCAAAGGUAUCGAAAGGAUGGAGACUUUAGCAACGGUGAUUAUGGAUCUGAGCAAAGGAAUAUUGGAGGUAUCUUUUGGCAAACCCAGCCUUCUUCCUCCGAUACGGACCAUAUCGACAGACUAG